UCCCCAUGUGCUCCAGAUCCUCUGGCCCCUACAUCUCCUGGGAUGACAGGGUGCUACCAGGCCUGGCUUACUGGGCAGGGUCUGGAAGCCAGGGCUUUGUGCAUGCUGAUGGGGUGGGUUUUGGAUUUGAUAGUAAUGAAUACCUGUCUCCACACUGUCCUCAACACGGCGUCUGUUGGGACCACGUGGCCUCGUCAGAGCCCUGAAGAGCCCGGCACGAUUAUUCCUUAUGCGGCCGGGGAAUAAGCCAACUCUACCUGGCGCUCUGGACUCCUCAUUCCUGGGCCUGGCGGGACCCACCGCAUCCCAGGACAGACCCCCGCCCCACUGAAGCUGACGGAUGAUGCUCCAGUUCCAUCUCUGUCUCCCACAGUCGAGCCCCGUUGAGGAUGGAGCCCACCUCAGGCUUUGCAGAGCAACCUGGGCCUGUGAAGGCUGAAAGUGAGGAGCAAGAGCCGGCGCAAUGGCAAGCCCUCCCUGUCCUGUCGGAGCAGCAGUCGGGGGCCGUGGAGCUGGUACUGGCCUAUGCUGCACCUGUCCUGGACAAGCGCCAGACGUCCCGCCUCCUCCGGGAGGUGUCCGCUGUCUAUCCACUUCCUGCCCAGCCCCACCUCAAGCGGGUGCGCCCCAGCCGCAGUGCAGGCGGUGCGCAGUCAUCGGAUCUGCUGCUGUGCCUGGCAGGGCCCUUCGCGGGCCCGCGCUCGCUGGCGGAGCUCCUCCCCAGGCCGGCCGUGGACCCACGCGGCCUGGGCACACCUUUCCUGGUGCCUGUGCCUGCCCGGCCGCCCCUCACCAGAAGCCAGUUUGAGGAGGCACGGGCCCACUGGCCUACAUCCUUCCAUGAAGACAAGCAGGUGACCAGCGCGCUGGCCGGGCAACUCUUCUCCGCGCAGGCGCGAGCCGCCAUGCAAACCCACAUGGAACGGGCGGUAUGUGCGGCCCAGAGGGCAGCAGCGCAGGGGCUGCGGGCAGUGGGCGCCGUCGUGGUGGACCCAGCCUCGGACCGCGUGUUGGCCACAGGCCAUGACUGCAGCAGCGUAGCCAGCCCCCUGCUGCAUGCUGUCAUGGUGUGCAUCGACCUGGUGGCCCAGGGGCAGGGCCGCGGUUCCUGUGACCUCAGACGCCACCCGGCUUGCUCCUUUACACAGGCCACUGCCACUCAAGGCACCCGAGCCGGUAGCGUGCGCAAGCUGGAUGAUGACAGCCUGCCCUAUGUGUGCACUGGCUAUGACCUGUACGUCACCCGAGAGCCCUGUGUCAUGUGCGCUAUGGCCCUAGUCCAUGCCCGCAUCCAGCGAGUCUUCUAUGGGGCGCCCUCCCCUGAUGGUGCCUUGGGCACACGCUUCCGUGUCCAUGCUCGGGCAGACCUCAACCACCGCUUCCAGGUGUUCCGCGGCAUUCUCGAGGACCAGUGCCGCCAGCUGGACCCUGACCCAUAGUUCUGGUGACCUGCUUCUAGACCAUUCUCUGCUCCUGGCCAGCCCGCGUCCCCUGCAGCUCCAUGGCCUGGGGGCCUCACCCUCUGUGUCUGAGGAUACUGACCACCUGUGCCAGACUGUGAGCCUCUCAGUUUCCGGACUGCAGCUUCUCUGCUGGCUGCGAUGACAGUGGGGCUCAGCUCUGCUUACAAGCCCAGUGGCUGUCUUACAGUCCCCGGGUCCUCCAGGCUCGGGCAGGGUACAGCCAUCGAGUGUGAAAAUAAAACACCUCAAACCAAGUUGCCGUUUGCACUCAGGUGCCAGGCUGGGCUCGACAUCUGCCUCAGGCUGUGGCUUGUCAAGGGGAAUGGGCAGCCUUGCUGAGUGCAGCGGGCUCUGCGUGCUUCUAGGGGCAGAAACAACCCAGCAGGCACCCUUGCCUGUCCCAGAAUUCCUGGAUUCAUGGGUGUCUGGAUACCUGCUGGCUGUUCAUGCCCUUCCUGUGUACCUCUGUGAUGGAGGAUGGGAGGUGGGAGCUCCAGAAGAGUCAGUCUAAGGGUAGUGGGGUGCUUGUCCUUAGGAUGCUGGAGCAUCCAGCAUAUGCUAGUUGCUUGGUAGGAGUGGUGACAGGGUUAACUGCACCUUCUGGCCACCUACAGGAAAGGCAAGGUCCAGGCUGGGUGAACCAAGAAGUGUGGCCCUGCCUAGAGCAGAGGCAGGGCUUGAGUUCUGUCUCCAUCUCCAGAGUACUUCCAUCCUUCCUCCUCUAAGGGAAUCCGGGACCCUUCCUGGAAGAUAUGCUUUUGAGGCCACCUCCAGUGACCAGGAGGCAGGGUGAGGCAGGAAGAGGCUUUGAUGUAGGCCUGUGAGCAGCCGAACCUGAGACUGGGAUAUGGUGCCAGUGACACCUGGUUGAGCAGGGCCUGAACUUGGAUACCAGGGUGUCCCAGCCACAUUCUCAUC